AUGUUAGACGUUGUAAUUGUCACGGCUGAUGACGUUGAGUUCGAUUCUGUCAAGAAAGUCUUAAUGAAAAAAUUUGGAUGCAAAUUCUCUCCUUUCCAAAUAAAGAAAUCAGAGACAGCAACAAAAGUGCCACUCUUUGGUGGUACGUCCACCCAGCUGAAGUUUUCAGACAAUUCAAAUAGUCAGUACAAUGUGCAAGUCGGUCUAUUUAAACUUUUGGAAAGAGGUGGCGUAGGAGUCUCUCAGUUUUUGGAAGCAGUAAGAGUUGGUGUGAAGGAGACAAACCAAGUAUCAAAACGUGGCUGUUUGGUUAUGGCUGGAAUAUGCGCUGGAAACCCUGAUACAGUACAGAUGGGCUCUGUCAUGACACCGCCUUCGAUAUCAAGAGAAAGCACAGAAAGCGACGACAACACACCAUGGAUAUCGCCAGAUUCCAAGAUCAAACUAAAGCUUGACGUUCGCGCAGCUAUUGGUGCAGCUCAUCCGCGUAAUGAUGCUAAUGAAUAUGAAUGGCUCGAUAAGUAUUUGCCGGAAGAGUACAAAAGCACGCCUUCACCAUUACAUCUUCAAGACGCCAUUCUUGACAAGUUGAAUAGAGUCUGUUACAAACCGAUGAGUGUUACCGAAAUUGCUGAUUACAUAGUGCAAUUGCAUCAAUGGUCAUCAGAAGGCAUCUCAUUCUGCAACAAAAUGGUGAAGGAGACUCUUCGUACGCUCGAAAAGUGUGAAUCCGUUAGUAAAAUAACUUUUAGAAUCGGCGAAGAUAAGUACAUUUUGAAAUCACUUCCAAAUUUGCCACAAUCGAAUCCCGAACUCCCAAAAGUGAAGGUCAUUGACCGCCAGAUGAAAUUAGAAGAUUUUGCUCGUGUUGGCUCGACAUUUGAUGAUUGGACCAAGAGGAAACGUAACCUACGUCUUGGUACAGGUAAAACAACAGAUGCGGACGAGAUGGAGGGAUACGAGUUUCUCCGCUUUACAGACAAACACUUGGAUAUGUUGAAUGUGUGGUUUGUUAAAGUGGUUACCAGCUACGCCACUGAAAAAUCCACACUGAAAUAUUAUGAAGAAUAUGGAAGUUGUCUUGCAACAGCAUUCCUCUUGAAAGUGUUAGAAACAAAUGCAGAACUAAUUUUUGCUGUAGAGAACAAUCAACAUGAACUUCGUUUGUGUCAGCAAUAA